AUGUUCGAGAAACAUUUGAAGCUUUCAUUCUUGACAGUUAAAGAUGAUCAGAAAUAUAAAGAAGGACCAUACCGUUGGAUUUCAGUCACAUCGAAGGAUACAAAUCUACAUGGUAUAAAAAAUAUUCCUGCACAGACAUCAUCAUUUAUCUUGAAGUUUGACAUAUCUGAACCACCGCUAGCCUUGACAAAUAGUUUAUUUCAACAUUCUAGCAUCCUUGGUGUGCUAAUUCUUUGUUGUUGUGCCUUCAGUUUUGCAUCACCUCCUUUUGUAAAAUGCCAUAGCCUCAAGUUCCUUGGAUUAGACCACUGUACCGAUAACAAUACAAGUGAAAUAAGGGAUCACACUGAGUGGGCAUAUUUGUAUAGGUUGAGGGUGCUAGACCUAUGCUCCACGUAUUGGACUGAAAUCUUAUCUCAAGAAAAGAUUGAUCUCAUGGCCAACAUCAGAGAGCUAAAUAUAGAGGGAUUCAUGUGUUGGCAAUACACAACCUGCUUACAAGGGCGACUACCUAACCUAGAGAGGCUCCGGAUAAUCAAACCAACAUGUGAACCCAAUAUUUCCACAGAUUCGAGCAACUCCUUCCUCGGCAAGACAAAGCUAGAGAUACUUGAUUUGUCAUGCAAUAGUGAUAUGGAAAUUCUACCAAGCAGCCUAACAGAAGUGAGUAGCCUUCAGGUGCUUGUCCUGGAUGGUUGCACUAAGCUUCAAGAUAUUGUGCCUGAUGUGCUCCCUCGCUUGCUAAGGUCAUUUAGACUUGAUGGUUAUGUCCCACCAACUCGACAUAAACCAGCUGUUGAUCAACCUAUGGAAGAAAUCAGCCCAUAUAAGGAAUCAGAUGAGGAAGGUGCCAACAAUAUCUAUAAGAUCUCCCUAAAAGGUUGCACACAAUUGGAUAAUCUGUUCUUGCGCGGGUUAUUAAAUCUUGUCGAGUUAGACCUGUCAGGAAGUGCAAUUAAAGUUCUUGACUUUGAAACCAUGGUGGUUGAAGUCCCAAGUAUCAAACGACUAUUUCUGCUAGGAUGUGAGCACCUUCGUGCAAUACGAUGGGGUGGUGUUGGCACACAAGCUGACCUAGAGUUGUUGUGCAUAGACACGCGAGCUGGAACUGUUCGUCCUUGGCCAUCACUUAGUCAGAAUAAACCCUUCAAGUUGCAGGUGCAUGCUGUUGUUGAGGAUGCAAGGCUUGUUUGGUCCUUAUGCCCCCCAAUAUCAAAGGAAAGCCGGGCCAGUAGCAUUAAGGAUGUUUAUUUUGAUAUCCAUGUCACGUCAUCACCUGUGUACAAGACAUCUGUUCAACUCAAAGCAGUCUGUGAGGAGAAGACCGUCAUGUACAGUGAUCAAGUGUGCUCUGUUCCAGCAAGCAAAUACAUUGAUGUCCUUAGCAUGGUCAGAGAUGCCCACAUGCAGGCGUUUCCGGAGCCACCUACUACCAACCUGGACCGACAUAUCGAGAUUGCUCAAGGAAGUUGUGGCUUGGAGAGCGCACUGGAUGGAGAUGAUGGAGAUGAUGGAGAUUCUCAACCACAUAACUUAGCUUAUAUAAUGAAAUUGUUUGCGGAAUCCCUACAUGUGCACAAUGUGUCGGCUAGACACGGUAUUAUUAUACCUGUGGGAAAAUUGGAAGUGCUCAAGCAAUGCCGCGUGGAGAGCUGCCCCAAUUUGUAUACAGUGUUCCCGUCAGGGUCGGAUGGAUUUUAUAAACUGGAAACCUUCUGGGCACUGGAUCUCCCGAUGGCCCGCCAGAUUUUGGGUAGAGGUUACCGCCUUGAAAAUAUUAUCCAAAAAAACUUAUUAUUCGAAUUAUGGACUGGACAAGCACCACCCAGACAAAUUAGUUCCUUCCAAAAUCUGCGGUACCUACACCUAAGCUCCUGCCCCAGGCUUCAGUUCGUGUUCCCCGUGUGGUUCUCUUCCUUACCCAGCUUGGAGACCCUCCACAUCCGCCACUGCGGUGUGCUCAAGCACAUCUUUGUGCUGGACGGAGAGUACCCCCAGGAAAUAGUCACCAAAGGUGUAGCGUUCCCAAAGCUAACCGCCAUCCACCUGCGUGACCUCGCUAGACUGCAACAAAUAUGCAAGGUGAAGAUGGUGGCGCCCAUACUCGAGAGCAUUAAGAUCAGAGGAUGCUUUGGCCUGCGCCGGCUGCCGGUCGUGGAGGCCCGUGGUCCAGGAGUGAAGAAGCCGACCGUCGAGAUCGAGAACGAUGUGUGGGACGCGCUGGAGUGGGACGGCGCCGAGGCCGGCCACCACCCAAGCCACUUCGAGCCACCGGUUCACUCGCGUCACUACAAGAAGAAACUGCCCAGGACAUCCGUCCUCAGCUUGCUGAUUUGGAGUGAUGGAUGCUAUCCUGCCAUCCUGCGGCUGUGUGCCUUGGUUUGA